GGGUCAGUUUGCUACAAGGCACUGCGCAUAUUCUAUGCUCUUUCCACAGCAGUUAGGACGGUGGGGUGAUACGCAAGUCUUUCCGAAAUAGAGUGCACAUUAUGUGGUUUACAAACAAAGUUUAUUUUCAAUACACCGGAGUUAUUAAAAAGUAGAUAUUGUUUUGGACGAGUUUACUGUUUACUGGCAAGCAAUCCGUACAAGCAGUAUGGACCAUAAUAGAUCGUAUAAAAACAUGGAUGGUACUAAACACAACGCGAGAAAAUAAUAUCGCGAGACAACAGCAUACAUAACCUCUCCCCUGCUCGUUAUCAGCACAAAUAAACAAGCCGUGAAUACAGGCGGAGGUUAUUCUCGAAUUUAGAAUUAGUUAUUUUGCUGAAUUAUUUUACAAUGGAAAUUCUAGAGCUCUUGCCAUCAAGCUUCGGAUAUGUCAUAUUUACAUACUUUUAUAGUUGGAUCAUGUUGAGUUAUCUUGGUGUUAAGGUUGGAGCUGCCAGAAAGAAAUACGAUGUGAAGUACCCUACCAUGUACAGUGACAAGGAGCAGGUGUUCAACUGCAUCCAGAGGGCCCACCAGAACACACUAGAAGUCUACCCACAGUGGCUUGUGUUCCAAACCAUUGCAGCUCUUGUCUAUCCAACUUCUGCAGCUGUGCUGGGAGCCAUCUGGGUCACCAGCAGGUUCUCCUAUGCCUGGGGUUACUACACCGGAGAUCCAGCCAAGAGGAUGAAGGGUGCCUAUGGGUACAUUGGUUAUUUUGGAGUCAUCAUUCUUUCCAUCGCAGUGGCUUUGCAGUUGCUUGGAGUCUUGUGAGCCAGCUGGUUCUGUCCCCUAUUUGCCCUUUUUACUAAAGAAACAUAUGUCUUGCAAUUGCUUGAGCCUUUUCAUUCAAACAGCCACUAUGAUAUCAUGUAGCUGAAAAAUAUAUUUUCAAUUAUGGUAGUCUUUAAUUACUGUCGUCUUACCAGUGUGUAAACAAUUAUAGGCCUAUGUGUUACUGCAACAUAAUUGAGUUUUGUUAGUUGAUACUGUGAGGACCAUUGAUGUAUUUUUAUAUGAUUAUCAGGCAUUUGUAACCUUUCAUGCCCAUGUACUGGCAACGCUAUGUUAAUAAAGAUGAAUGUAAACAUUGUCA